ACUGUUCUCUCAUGUUUCAGCAAGAGGAGAAUGCCAACCACCGCGCAUGGACGACGCAUUUCUGCUGCGAUUCCUGCGCGCGCGACGCUCUGUGCCCGCGCGGGCGCACAGACUGCUGGUCCGCUACUGCACCUUCCGGGAACAGCAUCCGCACUUAUGGCGCGAGGUGGACUGGUUCAGCCUGACGAGACUGGGCUGCGUCUACGAGGGAGUGCUCUUUGACAGACCUGAUGUUGGCAGACUCAUCAUCUGCAGGCUAGGCCAAUGGGACCCCGACAAGGUUCCAGUAGACGACCUAAUCCGCGGCUGUCUACUACUGCUGGAAGUAGGCAUUAUGCAGCCGAAGCUGCAAGUACUGGGAGGAACGGCGCUGAUCGACUGCGAGGGCAUUACUAUGAAACACUUCAGGCAACUCUCGCCCGCCAUCGCUCUGCAGGCCAUGAACGUUAUGGGCUUCGCGUUCCCGCUUCACCAGCGCGGGGUGCACGUCAUCAACUGUUCGCGCAUCUUCGAGACGCUGUUCCACGUGUUCCGCCGGUUCGCGCCGGCUGAUGACCUGUGGAAACGCGUCCACUUCCACGGGUACGACUUGAGCUCGCUGCAGAG